AAAAAAUAUGUCAAUAACAAAAUAAGAAUAAAUUGCGACAUUCUAUUCGCCUAAAUUUGAAUAAUAGUGUUACCUUUGCCAACAUGGAUUGCAUGGCGCAGAACAACAGACUCAUUCGAAUGGAAUCAUCGUAGGAGAACCACAAGGUAUAAAAUUACAUAAUUUAUUUAAAUGUAGUUGUCUACUCAACCCCUGAAGUUAUUGUUUCUCAAACCGUAGGACAACCAUUACCAAUUAAAAAAGAAACCACUUAAAACAGUCAAAAAAACAUUUAUAGCACGACUCAAUAGAUUGAGAUUUUACAACCAAACCAAAUGCAAUAUAAUUAAAAACUCAUUUAAACUCAACAAAUUUAACAAAUUUAGCACAAUUAACUUAAGUCCAUGGAGUAUAACAACAGAAUAACAUAAUAAAUACCAAUAGAACAAUAAGUCAUUGAUUAAGCAACGAUUAAUAAUCCACAAUAAAUUUCGACCUUUUAUUCCGGAAAAUAUGAGGAGUAGUGCUAUCUCUGUUAACAUGGACUCCAUGGAAAAGAAGUAGUGACCACACAAAAUAAUGGAAUAAUUGCCACACAAAAUAAUGGUAAUGCUACAUCUGUAUUUCCUUAGUUGUUUAUUAAACACCAGAAGUAGUAGUGUCCUAAUCUGUUGGCUAACCUUUGACUGCAAGAAAUACCACAACUGUUCAAAACUUCUCUUAAAUCAUUAAUACUCCUCCUAGAAAUGAGUACUUAUAUUCUCAAUAGAUUCAACAAUCGCCUAUUUAGAACAUUCAAUUAAAUGUGCCAUAAACUUAAUAAAUUAUACCUACCAUUACUUAAUAAUUAUAAUAGUCUCCUGUAUAAAAUUUAUAAAUCAGCGUUAAUUAGCCAUAAAUCAUUCCUUAAGUGUCAUAAUAAAAUUAUGUUUUCCAACAGAUACCACAAGUGUAAAAUUAUCAGGUCGUUGCAGCCCCUUAAUAAAUUAUAUCAGAGUCUGUUACAACUGUUCAAUAAUAGUAAUUAACCCCUUAAGAAUAAGUUGAAAACUAUUGGAGAUAUAAAAUAUAUGAACUUCAAGAGAGAGUCUAUGAAUUAAUGAAUUAGAUAAGCCUUCAAAAAUAAGGAAGCCUAUAACAUCAGCGAACUGGGUCUUAAGUUAAGAAAAAUACAGAAGAUUCAUUUAAAGUAAGAAUCAAUUAAAUUGCAUUAGGUUGAAUAAGCUAAAUAAGAAAUUUUGUAAUUAGAAAACUAACUCAAAACCAAACAAAAAUCAAGUAUAGAUAUAAGAAAUAAACUCAAUUUGAUGAUCUACAGAUAAGAUCCUACUGACGAAGCUACUAAAUAUAAAGAAUAGGAACUGUAAUAAUUAAGACAAAAAUAUAAUACUUUGAACUUCAAACAUUAGAGUAAUAUGGAAGAUAUUGCCAUGACUCAAGCCAUUAUAGAAGCCAUCAAAAGUGGAAAGGGGUAUAAAUUGGUUUCUGUGAGGGAAUAAUAAUAAACAUCAUCGUAUAAUUAAUCGUACCAAGGGUAACAAUAAUAUAAUUAAGUAAAAUGA